CCGGGGUUCUUUCUACUCCUUUUAUUGCGCCCUCGUUGCCAACUCAACCUCUUCACUACCAUUCAUCAUGACUAUUCCAUCAAUUCCAUCGAACCAGGGGCCAGCCGCCAUUGCGGAGCCGCGAUCAAGUGGAAUCAAUAUCAUUAUUGUCGGACUUGGGAUUGGAGGAUUAGCCGCCGCCAUCGAGUGUCAUCGCAAAGGACAUUCAGUCACAGUAUUCGAAAAGGCUUCUGCACCGCGCCCUCAAGGAGACUGUAUAGGUAUUGGAAGUAAUGCCGCUCGGAUUUUGGCCAAGUGGGGAAACGGACGCGUCCAUGAGCUACUUGAAGCUCAAAUCAGCCAUAUUCGAGCUGUGGAUAUUCAUGACCAAGCUGGGAAAUUCAUUGUCACAAAUGAAAUGACUGGAUUCCGCCGCGGCGAUGGCUACUUUUUGAACAGGUGCGACCUGGCGAAUAUACUUUACGAGCAUGCAAGAGACAUUGGAGUCGAGGUGCGAUUCAAUGCUAAAGUCACCGACUAUUGGGAGACGGAUUCCAAUGCUGGUAUAAUUGUCGAUGGUAGUAGAGUGGCCGCAGACUGUGUCAUUGCUAGCGACGGCCUCCAUAGCAAGGCCAGAGGUUUUGUGACAGGCGGCGAUCCGGCACCCGUGUCCUCAGGCUACGCGGCUUUUCGGGCUUACUUUGACGUUAGCGAGAUCCUCUCAGACCAUGCAGCACAUUGGCUCCUCAAAGGCGCUGGUAAAAGUGAUCAUGCAUCGGCUUUUGUAGGCAAAGACAGCGAGAUCACCAUCUGUACCGUCAAACGGGGAAAUGCCAUUAUGUGGAUCUUCACUCACCCUGAUCCCGACGGCGACGCUCGUGAGUCCUGGACAGUUCCGGCCAACGUGCAGCACGUGCUAGACAAAAUCCAGGAUUGGCCUUGCCGGGACAAGAUUGCCCCCAUCAUACGGCAUACGCCAGCUGGGAAGGCGAUCAAUUUUCCCAUUCUCACAAGACCCCCCUUGGAUACCUGGCUGUCACCGCUAGGUCGCAUCAUUCUGACCGGUGAUGCUGCCCAUCCUUAUCUCCCUAUGGCUGGCCAGGGGGCCAGCCAGGCCAUAGAAGAUGCUGCUGUGCUGGCUAUCACUUUGGAGUUGGCCACAAAGGACAACGUGCCUCUCGGGCUCAAAAUUGCAGAAAAAAUAAGAUAUCAACGGGCUACCAUCAUCCAAUCUGGAGGAAAGGAGAACCACGAUUCGUGGCAUCGUCCUGACUGGGAAGCAAUCAAGAAAAAUCCAAACUUGAUCAAAACUCCUCGACCCACCUGGAUCCUCGGACAUGACUGCCAAUCUUCAACAUAUGAGGAGUUUCCCAAAGUGAGAGAGGCAUUCUUAUCAGGGAAGGACUACGUCCCCAAAAAUAUUCCCGAGGAAGGAUUACAUCGAGCAAAUGAUUUCACAGGCCUGAAACAAGCCUUGGGAAUCACCAAAUCAUAGACUAGAGAUAUAGAAAGAUACUUGUCUUUUUUUUUGCCAUCAAAUAUUCGAGAACAAAAAUCGAAUGGAAG